AUGAAAGAAAAAAUCAUUGCUCGUCUCCAUCUCGAACAAUUCAUUCAAGAUGAAGUUCUCUUCUAUUCCAUCGUUCUCUACGAAAAAGAAAUUUAUUAUAUUUGUAUUUGUGCACAUUUUGUAUAUCUCUUCAAAGAGUCUUUUACUAGCGCUCCCAUUCCUAUCGCAUUGGAACAAAUCCACUGUGUGAAUGUCUAUUCGGAUCAUGUCUCUAAAUUCAGUAUUGUUGUUGUUGCGAACAAGAACACAUUGUCGGCUCGUGGUGAUGAUGAUGGUGAACAUAAUAAUAAUGGUUCAUUAUCAAGAACCACUUGUCAUGAUACUUCUACUUUGAAUGGAAAUCACAACAACAACAAUACGAGUGAUUCAAAAUCAUCCUCUUCACAACAAACCAUGACAAAUUCAUCAUCAUUGACACAUACACUCACAUUGGAAGCAUCCAAUCGAACUCAAUUAAUUAAGGAAUUACAAAUUCAUUACAAGACCAAUAAGGUCCUCAAAAAGUGGCAAUUCGAUAAGGACAUGGAUUAUGAUUUAAAGAUUGUGUACAAGAAUUACUUGGCAACGACAAGCGAAAACUUGUCGUCGUCGUCCUCGUCGUCGAUGAGUCAUUCAAACGACGAGACCAUCAAAAAUCCACUACAAACAUUGAAAUUGGAUCGACUCCACAUUGUCAAUACCAACUCGUCCGUCUUGAAAUAUUUACAAACCAAUUCACCAUCGGUUCGAGUAGAAAAAGUAUUCAAUGGAUAUUGGUUUGUGUUAAAUUCAACAGAAUUGAAUCGAAAAGUCGUUUCCAUGACUGGUAGUAGUAUUAGUACUAAUAAUAAUAACAAUGGUGGUAAUACUGGUGGUAACAACAAUAAUUCUUUGGAAUUGAAAAGUAUGAACAAUAACUCUUCAAAAGCAUACCAUGACGUGACCUUUGAGUCCAAAGGAAAUUCUCAAGCAUCCAUUGUACCUGACAAGUUAACUGUGAAAAUCAUUCCCAUUAGAAAUUCAAAUGCUCCCAAGACGAAUAUUCGAACCUUUGCUCAGAAAAUGAUUUCCAACCAAUUGUUAACGUCAUGCGCUGAUUUUGAUGUUCUACUCGAUGAAGAAUUUCUCAAAGAACGAUCCAUCUACAAAUUUGACAAAACCAUCACAGAAGCGUAUCAAAUUAAGGUGAAAUAUUGUUACUAUCCACAACUUUUCACAAGCAAACCCAAACAUUCGAAACGUUACGAUGCAUUUAAUUUGGACUUGCUUCAUGAUUCACAAUCUUCUAUUCUUCCUCAUGAUCGUAUCAAACAUGUAGUGGUGUGUCGAAGAAGAUUUAUUCCACCCUAUGCCACACACUAUCAAGACAUUGUUUUUGAAUAUGAUUAUGCAGAUAAUAGUUCGAAGGCAGCAUCUCAAAAUGAAUUAUUUAACAUGUGCGUACAGUCGUGUAAUCCUCUUCCUCAAUGCUUUUUAUAUGAUCAAUUAACGAUUCGAACCAAAUUGGAAUCGUUGGCAUGUGACGAAGAUUUCUAUUGUUGGGUUCAAUUGAAAUUUGGUUUGAAACCCGAAUUAUAUCCUCUCAAGUGGGGACAUGAAGUUGGAGAUCAUACACGUCCUGAAAUUUUUGUCAAGGCCGUGGGUGACGUGAUUGAUUGCAUCUUGUCACAACCAAAAGACCCUUCAACCAUUCAUGACCCAUUCUCUGUGGAACAUGAUCUUGUUUACAAUGUUGAUAGUCCAGAUACUGUUAAAAAUCCAACCAUUCAACACAUCAUUCAAUGGAGAAACAAAAUCUCGUAUUAUUUGGCGUACUAUUCCGAUUCGAUUGAAUAUUCAAGUUUUGAAAGAAUUGUGAAAGCAUUGCUUCACUUGAAACAAAUCGGAGAAUUGGCCAAAGAUAAGAAAAUGCAGCAUUACAAACGUACAUUGAUUCUCCUCAUGGAAUACUUCCUUCAUUUGAGAAUUGUGAAUCAAGAAUAUGACUUUGAAAAACCAAUCGAAGAAAAGAUUGAAGAAAUUGAACAAAAAACUGAUGAAAUGCAUUACAGCUUUUUCGAUAUGAAUCAAAUGAAUAUUGCAGUUCAACAUCAAAUGAAUGCCACUGUUCAAGGUGCAGCAUCAUCAUCAUCAGGAGGACUCACUCAAUUCAAUGAUGACAUUUUGUACGAUGAAGCUGUCGAGAAGCAUGUGGAACAACUUAAAAACAAUCAAUUAGCCAAACAGUUGCAAUUAAUCAUGUAUCGACAAAUGCUUAUUGGUGGAAAGAAUAAUAUUGGUGCCAGUAGUGGAGGAGGUGGAGGUGCAGUUUCAUCGAAUCACACCUCGAGAACAGUUUGUAAUAUGAACACGACCGUUUUUUUGAGAUUGAUGAAAUUGAAUUAUUUUGUGGGAGUGUUAGGAAUGUCACCCUUAUCAUUUGUCAAAUUACUUUCCAAUGCUAUUCAUGUGAGUUCCAUGUACCACUAUGAAACGAUUUAUGAAAUUUGUUAUGAAAUUACUUCAUGGUUAAACAAGUGUGAAAUGGAUACUUCAAGAUCUACGGUUGGUUCCAUUUCCUCUCCUCAUACCAUUCUGCAUGACAACAGUGCUACUACUGACACCGAUUCCACCUCCAGUAACGAAGCGAUUGACAAAAUUUCCGAAGAACGAAAGCUCUAUCUCCAAAUUCGAGAAACUCUCUGUUCCUACACACCCUUCUUACACAGUUUGUGUUCAUUAUUGCAAUACGACGAUGAAGGUCUUCUCGGAGUUGUGGCCAGCAUUCUCGAAAAAUUAACCUACUUUUCUGAAAAUGUUCGAAAAUGGUUCACUUCCAAUGAUUAUUUGCAAUUUUUAGUGGAUCACAUUGAAGCAUUCAAUUCACGCACUCAACCUUACUUGGCCUCUUGUUUUUUGAGAGUCUUGCGCAAUUGUUGCAACACCUCUGAGAAACGUUCGGUCAUUACCAAAGAUGGAGAAUUAGUUCCACUCGUGGUGCGUCACAUUCUUCCGAAUAUUCUCUCGGCACUCAUUCCAGAAUCAGUGGCCUAUUCUGAAAAGUAUCCUUCAUUGAUGAAUACCAUUCCAUUCGAGAGUUCACAAAGAGAGGAAUUAUUGAAAUCGGCAUUGGAUGCUCUUCUCGUAAUUGUUCAAUCUUCAUCCGAACAUGAAAUUGGAGGAGAGGAUGAAGAUGAACUCAUGAGUGAACUCAUUGUGAAUGAAACUUCGAUUCAUACCUUGAUUGAAUUGUUGGGACAUGUAGUGAGGAGAAUGAUGAUCGCUCAACAGCAACAGCCAUCAUCCAAUUCAUCACCUUCUUCUUCCAACAUGAAUUUGAGUAGUGGCAACUUUGCUUCCAUUAGAAUUCCCUCCUAUUUGACUUCAUUAUUGAGUAUUUUACUGGCAUUAUCCUCUCAUGAAUAUUUCAGAGGAGUGGCCAUUUCAAUUGUGUUGAGUGGUUUCAGUGGAAGUGUUAUUCGAGGUCUUCAUCGUAGCAUUGCCAAUAGUCAGACCUUGAUUACCUUACUCGUUCAAAUUUUGAAUAUUUUAAUGCCUUUCAUUCCGAAUGGCAACCAUAACAAUGGUUUUGUCACAUUCAAUGGCAAUGUUUUUAACAAUGGAGGAAAUAAUAGUGGAAAUCAUUCAGUCAUGUUGCAACAAUUACAUCGUUCGGGAAGAAGAGGAGGUGGAAGUACUAUUCAUGAACAACAGGCUCAAUCCGUGUCACCAACCAAUGCUUCGCGAGAGGGCUCUAGCAAUCAUGCAUCAUCAGCGAGUGGAAACAAUACUCCUUCAGCAUCAUCCAAUUCGAAUGGUUCUUGUCCAAUGUUAGUGGAACAAUUAGCUCAACUUCGUCUCAAUAUUACAUUGGUAUUGAGUACUUUAUUAAUGUUAUCAUCCAAUUCUAAAGCUCUAGCUGAAAUGAAAGACAACAUGCUUGAAAUUUUAAUUCGAGAAUUUGAAGGAAAAACUUCACAAUUGCAAUUACCAUCAGAAAUGACGACAAAUUCCGAGAAUAAUUACACAGAUGCGUCUCCUGCCAACAUUAUUGGAUCUUCUUCGACCAUUUCUUCUGCAAGCACGAUUGUCAAAGUAAUCACUUCUGUGACGACUCAUUUACAAAAUCGAUUAAGAAAUGGAGUGUCCAAUGGAAAAAGUGGAAAUCCAACCUCUCCAACUUCAUCCAAUGCUAGUAGUAGUCGAUUAAGAUUUAAUUUAUAA